GACAUUUAAAAGCCGCGUCUUUUGUGUAUUAAUAAAAUAAACGUUUAUUAAUCCUGUUUUUUUUAUUAUAAUUUUCAUUUAAAUUAAAGUAUUAUUAAAUAAAGUAACCAUGUCUUACAAAGGGAAUACAAAAGUUCAAAAAGUUAUGGUUCAACCCAUUAACUUAAUUUUUCGAUAUUUACAAAAUCGAUCUAGAGUUCAAGUUUGGCUGUAUGAAAAUAUAUCACUAAGAAUCGAAGGACAUAUUGUGGGAUUUGAUGAAUAUAUGAAUCUUGUCCUAGAUGAUGCGGAAGAAGUAUAUGUCAAGACGAGGCAAAGAAAAAACUUGGGUAGAAUAAUGCUUAAAGGAGAUAAUAUAACGUUGAUUCAAAAUGUUAAUCCUACAAAAGAUUAAGGUUAGGUUAAGACAACCAAAAAGUAAUAUUAAAUAAUUUCCAUAAUUUGAAUUGUAAAAUUUAAAUUUAGAUUUAAGGCGAACAUAUGAUAUGAAAUUUAGAAUUGAAUACAUAAAAGAUUAAAUACCUGACUUGAAAGAGAAGUGUUUUUUUUUAUUGAUUUAUGCGAAUGAACAGGUUAAAUCGGGCGGGUUUUUAAAAGUAGUAAAGAGCGAAGA